AUGUUGCAUUCAAACGCUACUAAAAACCCACGUGUUCUUACUAUUGGUGACUCGUUCAGUGAUGGCAGUGCUGGAGUUCAAGCUGAUCUUAAAACGUUCGCAGCGUUAUCAACAUCUGCCAUGUCAGUAAUCACUGCCUUGGCCAUUCGAAAAACUUCCAACGAAAAUACCAUUCAUACCAUACCUAUAGAUUUUAUUUCAUCUCAAUUUCAUACACUUGUCAAUGAUAUAGGUGUCGAUGCUUUAAAAAUCGGUAUGUUUCAUUCGUCUUCUUUGAUCAACUGCAUAGUAUCAUUUAUUACGAAGACAAAGAUACCUAUUGUAGUAUUUGAUCCAGCUAUAAUUAUCACACAAUUACCUGUCGAUAGUCUCGAUAUUCUACGCAAUGAACUUUUGCCUUUUGUAACAUUAAUAACACCUACUCUAGAAGAAACAAGUAUUCUACUUGGCCGCAAUAUUGUCUCAUUAAGUGACAUGAAAUGUGCUGCACAAGAUCUACAUCGUUUAGGUCCAAAAUAUGUUUUGAUUAAGGGUGAACAUAUUAUUCCAUCUCCAUCGAAACAGAUUCAAGAUAAAAAAGGUAUCAAUGAUGUUGUUGAAGACGUACUCUUCGAUGGUAUAAACAUUACUGUUUUUAAAAGUCAACGACUACCUAAAAAAACUGAAUACAGUAUUCGAUGUAUAUUGUCAGCAACAAUCACAGCAUUGUUAGCUCAUGGUAUCGAUAUAACGCGUGCCAUACAAGAUGCUAUCACAUAUACUCAUUCGAUUGGACAGAACUCUUCGAAUUUUGAUUGUACUAAUGAUGUACUCAAACAUACGCUCUCAAUGUGUUCAGAUCAAACACCUAAUGAGUCUUUUAAACCAACAACGAACUCUGCACUUGUAGUAGACGAUAAACAGCAAGAGGUUGUAUCAAAAGAUCAUAAUGAUAUCGUGCAUAUUAAAAGUUACGGUUAUAUUCAAGUACCUCGCAUGAUUUCACAACAGCGAUCGUUCAUACAACUACUAAAAAAUGAGUGCACACAAGAAUGGUUCGAUUAUACCCAUCAUCGAUUCGUAGAAGAUAUGGGUAAUGGCACUUUACCACAUACAAGUUUCAAACAUUAUUUAAUUCAAGACUAUAUUUUUCUAACAAAUUUUGCUCGAUGUAAUGCUUUAGCUGCCUAUAAAUCUAGCACUAUGAAAGAAAUUUUACAUGCAGCAAAUAUUGUGUGUCAUAUUGGUCGUGAAAGUGAACUUCACAUAUCGUAUUGUGCUGAAUGGGGAAUCGAUCCUGAGAGUGUAUCAUCUAUUAGAGAAGCUCGCCCAAAUUUAGCUUAUACACGAUUCACUCUUGAUUGUGGUAUGAGUGGCGAUUUACUUGAUCUUUAUGUGGCACUUUCUGCUUGUCUACUUGGAUAUGGUGAAAUAGGAACACGUCUAUUUGAAGAUCCUAAAACUAAACAAGAUUCACCGUAUUGGAAAUGGAUUUCGAAUUAUGCUGCUGAAGACUAUCAAGUAGCAUGUCGUGAAGGUGCAGACUUGAUUGAACGUUUAGUUAUUGACUAUGGUGUAUGGUACUCUACAGUUCGUAUCAAGAAACUCAUCAAUAUUUUUAAAACUGCUACAGAACUCGAAAUUGGAUUUUGGGCCAUGGGUUUAAAUGUCGAAUGGUAG